UUCUUUCUGUGAUUAUUGGAGUUUCUGUGAGAGAGUGGUGUCGCCAUGGGAAGAGCUCCUUGUUGUGACAAAGCCAAUGUCAAAAGAGGACCAUGGUCCCCCGAAGAAGAUGCAACACUCAAAGCCUAUGUGGAGUCUCAUGGAACUGGUGGAAAUUGGAUUGCAUUGCCCAAAAAAGCUGGCCUUAGACGGUGUGGGAAGAGUUGCCGCCUACGGUGGCUGAAUUAUCUGAGACCAGACAUCAAACAUGGAGGCUUCACUGAAGAAGAAGACAACAUCAUUUGCAAUCUCUAUGGCCAGAUGGGAAGCAGAUGGUCUGCCAUAGCCUCUAAACUUCCUGGCAGAACCGACAAUGAUGUGAAAAACUACUGGAACACGAAACUGAAGAAGAAGAUAAUGGCAGGAAAAGUUAGUCUCAAAACAUUGACCGAAAAUGACACUCUUCCUUCAACUUCAACCCCAUUACCAACCAACCAAAGUCUGAAAACUCAAAAUUCACCUUUCAAUGUUUCACCAAAUCAGCUAGCCUUGGUGCUACCAAUCUUAGAAGCAAAUGAUAACAAUGCAUUCACAGAUAAUCAAAAAAACAUCAUUAGUUUUGACCAAACAAAGCAUCAUGGGUUGUACAGUCCACAAGUCAUGCAUGGUGUCUCACAGAUUGGUGCAAGUUCAAGGAUCAACAAUAACACCAACGAAAGUAACAGUAACAGUCACAUGGUGUCAUUGUCUCAAGAAGGUUCAAGCAGCAUUUCGGAUUCAUCUUCCAUUGCAAUGAAUUACAACAAGUGUGUCGUGUCACAGCCUCAACAGCAGCAGCAAGAGCAACAACAACAUUGUAUUGAUGAAUCUAUGGAAAUGUUGGUGGAUUUUGGCUUUGGAUUUCCCUAUGAUUUUGCUAACUGCCAUUAUGAGAGAGUUGGUGAAACUUUUGCUCCAGAGUGGGUUGAUUUUAGCUAUGCUGACAUUAAGCCACAUUGACCAAAUCAAAGUGUUAGCUAACUAGUUAUUUUAUUCAUACGAUGUAUAACCAAGGGAAGAAUAUCAUAUGGGAUAUUUGUGUAAGAAAAAAAUGCAAAAGCUUAUGUGAAGUGAAGAUUUAAUUAGGUGA